ACGUUUGAAACACACAUUAACUGCGCGUAUAAAUGCAAUAGUAGUAGUCAUUCUAGCCAUGUGUCAUACAUGUAUGGCCUAUUGUAUUCGAAUAAAGUCCUAAGACAUUACAUUCUAAAUAUGGAAGCAUCAAUAGCCUAUAGAAAAGAAGAUGUUAAAACAUUAUUAUUUAGUAUCAAUCUCGAUCUUGGAGGAACUACAUCUGUUUAAGAAAAAUGAGGCCCAAUUUGGAAUUUUUAAAGUUGAUUAUAAGGCUGCUCAUAUUACUUAUAUUGUUUGUGAUGUUAUUUAUUAUAUCUGCAUUUUUAUAUAGUGCAAAAUAUUGGCCUGAUGUGUAUAAUUAUAUAAAUGCGAAUAUAACUAUUAAAAGAAUCCCAACUAUAUCUGAACUUCAUCCGGUUAUAAUUCACGAAAGUGACUACACUACAGAAUUAUAUUCCACAACAGAUGGAAGUGAUUACUUAGAAGUAAUAACAGAUGAUGAUGAUUUUGAUUUAAACUUUGAUGAUUUUAUGAAUGUCGGUACAGAUGACAAAAGAAGAAAAAGACAAAUACCUGUGGAGGAAAUGAAGGUCAAUAUUGAAAUUGUCAAAGCUAAUUACGAUUACGUUUUCGACUUUGACAUAACUACUGAAUCUUUUGUUAAAAAUGUAGUUAAUGAAACCAAAAUGACUACGACUGAACCGAAUCAUAUUGAAAUAAUUACGAAAAACUGCGAUUGUGUCAAAGAAAAUGAAGAAAAGUCGACCGGGACACUAAACAAUGAGUCAAAAUCAAACAUCACAAGAGAUCCCACAUUUUCGUGCGAACAGACACAGAGAGAAGACGUUAUAAAGAUGUUUGUGAAAUUAAAUCUACUUGUGAUCUGUGCUGUGCUACUUAAUUUUGGUGAUUGCGAUAAUUGUGAUGGUGUUUUAAAAUGUGCUACCAAUAAAGUAGGCGAUGCAAUAUCGGCCAAUUUAAAUGUUACAACCGAUAAUAUUGAAGACGAUAAUAAUUUAUUGAGUAACUUGACUCGUUUUUUAGUGCAAUCAUUUUCUGGUCUCAUUAUAGAUAAUCCUUUAUUAAAGAGACUUGAAAAAAAUACUAAGAUUUAUAUACAAACAUUUAAAAUAAAUGAAAGUGCCUAUGAAAAUGAACCAAUUGCCAAUACCAUCAAAUCUGAUCUGAUUGAUAUGAACAUCAAUGAUACAAAUUUUCAUAAUAAUACUCGUGACAUCAUGUUAAAACAAGAGAAUAAGAUUAUUAGUAAUAAUUAUAAUUCAUCAGUAAUAAACGCACCCAUGAUUGAAAACACAGCAACAAAUUCAAUAACAAGAACAAAUUUGAUCGGAACAAAUAACACUGAUAUAAACAGUGUAGAUAAAAUAAAUAAAUCAAAUUUUGUACAUACAAUUUACAAUGUGAAUUAUACAACCAAGCAGAAGACAGUCACAACUUCUGUUGCUUUAAAUGCUGAUGAUAUUCCAGAAAAAAAAGAAAAUGUUGAGGUUACCAUUGAAAACUUUACUGAUAUACCUGUAAAAGUUACAGUAAAAGUGAGUGAAAAAAAUAACAGUGACAUAUAUGCGAAAAAUGUAAUGAAUAAUAUUGAACUACAGGUCUCAACUCAUAAGAAUAAUAUGAUAAGUGAAACAGUUAACGUUAGAGACAAUUAUAUUGAUGACACGAACGAUGUUUUUCGUGAUAUUAAUGAGAUUGAUAUCAAUGAGCUGGUUCAUGAUAACCUGACAGAUUAUCUGAAUAUUGAUUACGUUGAUAUGUAUAAAGAUACAACGAAUGAAGAUGUUGAAUAUACACCCGCUGUCUACAUACCUACAACUACAGUUGCUACAAAAAUUAUGAUUGACCAGAAACCAGCAGAUAAAAUAGACUCUGUGUAUCCAUGGAUAGCUACUGUGUUUAUAAUGAACCGAGACAAUAAACAAUUUGAAUACAUUUGCGAUGGCAUUCUACUCUCCGAACGGGUUGUUCUUACUGCUGCCCGAUGUGUCACCAAAUCUAAUGUGACAGUGGAUGCGGACAACAUUCUAAUUAUCAUGGGCAAGAGAUCCUUGCAGUCUACGGGAGCUAAUGAAAUCGUUUUAAGGGUAAAAUCCAUCAAGAUCCACGAUAACUUCGUUUCAACCGGAGAAAUGGUAGAUAACGACUUGGCGAUCGCCGUGCUGGCCGAGCCCGUGGUGUUCAACGUUGACAUACAGCCUGCUCCUUUGGGGCUAGAUGAUAAAUCGGCCCCGCUUGCAGCAGCCACCACAGGCUGGCAUGCAAGUGGCCCUUUGCAGCCGCUAUACUUGGGAUUAGAGCCUACGGAAAAAAUUAGGAUGGACGUCAACUGCAAGAAACUGUUUUGUGCAACUCUGGGUGAUAAUGAAACCACAUGCCCGAGCUAUGGGGGCUUGCUUAUAGAACGCCAGGAGGAUGAUCAAUGGAGGCUGAAGGGAAUCGCCAGUGGCAGCCCCACGAACACGGGCGUCUGCUUCAAUAAACAUCUUACCUUUACUAAAAUAGAGAACUAUCUUGACUGGAUUAAGGAAAGUGUACAGAAAACGUCUAGCAAAUAAAUUGAAAAUGUUA